GCAGAUUUAAAGGUGACACCACGCGGCUGUCGGUGAGCAGUGGUGAGGUAGUUGGCGCCGUGUUCAUCAUCUGGCUGCAGGAUGGUCGUCUGCAUCCUGAACAGACAGCUCAUGAGGAGCAGCAGCUGUUGUGCCCUAAUGGUCAGGCUGCAGAGACAGAGCCGUGGUUGUAUUCACUCCAGCAUCCAUGGCUUCCAUCAUGAAGAGAUCAGAGAGAAGCUGCGGGCCUUCCCUGGAGGCUCCGUCGAUCUGCUGAAGCAGGACUCCGGUAUCGCCGUGCUGACUGUCAACAACCCCGCUCGAAUGAACGCUUUCUCUGGCAGCAUGAUGGUGGAUCUGGAGGACAGGGUGAGCCAGUUGGAGAGCUGGACAGAAGGUAAAGGCCUUAUUGUUCAGGGGGCUGCCGGGACAUUCUGCUCUGGAUCCGACCUUAACGCUGUCCGAGCGAUAUCCAACCCCGAGGAUGGGAUGAAAAUGUGUAUGUUCAUGCAGGAUGCUCUCACAAGACUACUCAGGCUGCCUCUGAUCUCCGUAGCUCUGGUUGAAGGGAGAGCUCUGGGAGGAGGAGCUGAACUCACCACUGCCUGUGAUUUUAGAUUAAUGACCUCUGGCAGUGUGAUCCAGUUUGUCCAUAAACACAUGGGUCUGGUACCAGGCUGGGGCGGCGCUGCACGACUCGUCCGCAUUGUUGGAAGCCAGAACGCUCUGAAGCUGCUAGGCGGUGCUUUGAAGGUGGACUCUGAACUGGGCCUGGACAUUGGACUGGCAGAUGGAGCCCUGGAGGCUGACCAGGGUGCGGACAGUCCCCGGCAGCAGGCGGAAAACUGGCUCAGUCGCUACACUGAAGGACCGGUCCCUGUGAUUCGGGCGGUGAAGAAAGUAGUGCUGGCGGGAAGAGAGCUCCCGCUGUCUGAGGCUCUGAAGACAGAGAAGGAGGUGUUUGGAACAGUAUGGGGCGCUCCGGCUAAUCUUCAAGCCCUGGCCAGCAAGUCCAAACAUAAAUAACUCAUAAAAUCUGUUUAGAUAAGAUAGAUCAGCUGAGAUGUGCGCUGUCCUGGGUUAGAGGUGGUGAGAUUAUUCAGAGGGGACGAUCCGACUGCAGGGCAGCAGCUAAUUGUUUGGAUUGAAACCAGUUUUGGUACUUUAUUUACAAGUAAAAACAACCAACAAAGU